AUGAUUGCACGAUAUAGUUCAAUUAUACUGGACCGCCCGCAUGCAAUAGCAGAUAGCGAUAUUCUGAUCGGGUUUCCGGCCGAUGCUAAUGAUGAAGACAUUGAGGCCGCCGAGGCUGCUGGGUCCACUACUAACCUGAAUUCCUUUCCUACAACAUCCGCUAGCUCGACCUCAACAGAGCAUACAGAGAUAACGGUAUUUUUGCUCUGCCUGCGCCUCCGACAAAUUACAUCUAAGAUUCAAACACGAUUUCAGCAGAAUUCCGACAGCUCGAGCGGUAGUAGCGAGCAAGACUCGAUGAUUGAAUCGAUCACGGUCCGAGGAAAGAUCUACGCCGAUUUGGAUGAGUUACUUUCUGAACUGGAUGAUUGGCGGCAUUCCGCCCCGACUUUUCCCAAUCCUAGAUGUCUUUUUGAGACCCAGGAUUGGUACGGCCUUCUUCUAAUGCGAGAGAGACUGAUCCUAAUACGCAAGGCAAUUGAUCUUGUGCCAAAAGAGAACAACAUACCUCCACGAGACCUCUGUUCGUUAUGUCUACAAUUUGCGGUGGGAACCAUUAUGGCAUUCUGUCCGCUUUUCGACCAAAAGAUACUUACAUACACCCGAAGCUAUUUCCAAACCUUGUUCACUGCGGGACUAUCCAUCAUGUUUAGUAUAUCUGUAGUGACUGAUCAUGAUUCUGGAACAAUUUCAAAUGCUGCACACGCAUUGGAACAGUGCGCCCGAGUCCUCAAGACCAUGGGCAGAGAGAUACCAGAGGCGAGCCAUAAUGUUACAAUGUACGAAUCGUUGCGGUCGAGAGUCCUGAAGAAUCGAGCCGCGGUAUCAAGACCAGUGAACAAUCCCAGCGAGCAUGUCGAUCAACAGGAUACGGAUUAUCAGACCCAGGCACCACACAACCAGCCUCAGAAUCAGGUCAUAUCGACUGCUUAUAAUAAUAGCCCUCAGCAACCGCUGCUGCUCAACACUCAUUGGUCGAUUUUACCCAACGAAUCUGUGCCUCAGGACUCCUUACUCAAUGAUGAUCUUCCUCUUCAGGAUUGGCUUUCGUGGGAUAUGUGGGAUAUUUGGGACAUCUGGGAUAAGUCCGGACGACAUCCCUCCUGGAAUUUAGAAGCUGUUCCUGGGGAAUAUAUAUGCAGUGAUACACCUUUCCCAGGUCCAACGGAUGACCUCGAGCCAGUGCAUCCUAGUCUUGCUUCGCUCUCCACCCCUUUCUCGUCAUAA